GUAAGAGUCAGGAUUCGCCCGUGCGCGCCAGAGCUCGCGCCACAGCCGGGCAGCAGGCUGACGAGGGGGCUUCCAGCACGCCACUUCUCGUGCUGCACACCUAGCAAUAGCACGCGCUGCUGAAAGAUCUGCAACACACCGCUAUUUGCAGCAGCCAUAAUUCUUUCAAACAAACGGAAGAAUCCAAACGAGGCAUUUUUUCCCCUUCUCACAAGAAGAGCAGAGACGCGCAGCCACAUCACCGUAUUAAAAUCGAAGAAUGCUUAAUCCUUUAAAUGAUACAACGCCGUGUUUUACUUUUCUGACUGUGGCUCUUAUUUACAUCUGUCAGGCGGUCCGAAAUUGCGGAGAGGUUGAGUGCCGGGACGACCAGCGAUGCUGCGCGCAAGGUAACGGUAGCACCACCAUUAGCUGCUGCAAGCUAAACCGGCACACCUUUUAUGACAACGUCGGCUGGGUGACGCGGAAACUAUCGGGGAUUCUGAUCCUGUUGCUCUUGUUUGCCAUGGGCUACUUUAUUCAGCGCAUGAUCUGUCCCAGACCUCGCAGGCACCACGAGCGGCACGAGGAGCCCUCGCUCUUCCGCGGACCCGCCACGGCGUCCCAGGACUCUUUGCUCGACCGCUUCCCGGAGUACACACUGGAGAACUUCUCCUCUCCGGUCCUGCAGCUGCCGGCGUACGAUGAGGUCAAAUACCUGCCGACCUACGAGGAGACCAUGCAAGAGGUUGACAGGGACCGCUCAAACGACCAUUUACUAAUGACAUCGUCAGUGGAACCCGAAUCCGUAGCGGUAGCCGGACCAAGAGCAUCGGCACCAGACACCAGGACUUUACGGAACUCUGUUUGAGUGAACGCAUAGAAAUACUAAAACAUACAUUGAAUGUUUAUUUUAUCUGAAAAUGAGAUAAUUUAGAGAAUAACUAAGUGCAAUUAUACGCUCCAAUGAGCACUGUAAGAAGAAGUGCGGAAAUACUAUGCGUGAUUUUCAACUUCAGUUAGAUCAUUUCUCUUUUGUAAGCAAAUAAAAAGCUUAAGAUAGUCAAAAUAAACGACCAAUAGUUGCUCA